CCUGUGUGUUCAGUCUGCUGCUGAAAGUCUCGAACUGAAAGUGCAGGAAGUUUCCAGUCUCCAGAAGAGAACCUGAGUGAGAGCAGCUUCAUUACCGGACUCCUGCUGCUGUCAGAUUCAAGGAGACUUUCACCCUCACUUUCUCUCUCUUUUCUUUCUCUCUUUCCUUUUCCUCCUUUCUCCUCUUCCUCCUCCUCCUCUUCCCUCUUUUCCUCCUCUCUCUCUCCCGCCUCUCGCAGCUUUUAGGGGAAACUUGUGGUUUUAUCUUCUGUCCAGCUGGUCUGAUCCUCACCAGCGAGGAGCAGGGUGGGAUGUGUCUCUGAUGCUGCGAUGAGUUCAUAUACUCGUGGAGCUCCUACAGUCUUCUUCAUAAACUCAGUGUGUUUGCUGCUGAGGGUGGGGUCGGUCAGGGCCAGUUCUGACCCAGGAGGAUCUGUCCCUUUUUUGGGGGGGAACUAUGAUGGCCACCCCAUGCUGUAUUUCGGACGUGAGGACGUGGAGAGCCUGCAGGGGGCAGCGAUGAGUUCACACCGACUGCUGGCCCAGAGGAUCCGUGAGGCCGCGGAGGAAAUGCUGGAGCGGCCAGAGGACUUUUUGCCACCCUGGAGCCCCGCCCAGUUUAGUGCCCGGUGGAACGAAAUCUACGGAAACAACCUGGGCCUGCUGGCCAUGUUCUGCCUGCUGUACCCGCAUCGUGCGGGAGCGCUCCAGAUGGCUCGCGAGUACAUGGAGAGGAUGGCAGCCCAGCCAGACUGGUUGGUGAAGGACGCUCCGUGGGAUGAGGUACCGAUGGCUCACUCACUGGUGGGCUUCGCUACAGCGUAUGAUUUCCUGUUUGAGUAUCUGAGCCACUCUCAGCAGGAGCGCUUUCUUCAGGUGAUCGGGAACGCCUCACGUUACAUGUAUGAGAAAUCUUACCACCGUGGGUGGGGCUUCCAGUACCUCCACAACCACCAGCCCACCAACUGCGUCGCCCUGCUGACAGGCUGUCUAGUGCUCAUGAACCAAGGCUACCUGCAGGAGGCGUACUUGUGGACGAAGCAGGUACUGUCCGUAAUGGAGAAGUCCCUGGUCCUGCUGCAGAAUGUGGUGGAUGGUUCCCUGUAUGAGGGCGUAGCGUACGGGUCGUACACCACACGAUCACUCUUUCAGUACAUCUUCCUGGUGCAGCGACAUUUUGCCAUCUCUCACUUUCAGCACCCCUGGCUGCUCCAGCAUUUCAACUUCCUGUACCGGACACUGCUGCCGGGAUUCCAGAGGACUGUGGCCAUUGCCGAUUCAAACUAUAACUGGUUCUAUGGGCCAGAGAGCCAGCUGGUGUUUCUGGAUCGCUUUGUGAUGAGGAACGGCAGUGGAAACUGGCUGGCCGAGAAAAUUCGACAGAACCGUGUGCAGGAGGGUCCUGGGCAGCCGGGAAAAGGACAGAGAUGGAGCACAUUGCACACAGAGUUCAUAUGGUUUGAUCCGAGUCUGCGGUCCAUUCCCCCUCCUGAUUAUGGGAAAGCUCACUUGCAGUAUUUUGAGGAUUGGGGGGUGGUGACCUACGGCAGUUCUCUUCCUGCAAAGAGAAACCACUCCUUCCUUUCCUUCAAGUCGGGUAAACUGGGAGGACGGGCCAUCUUCGACAUCGUCCAUGAGAACAAGUAUCGGGAGUGGGUCAGGGGCUGGAGAAACUUCAAUGCAGGUCAUGAACAUCCCGACCAAAACUCUUUCACCUUCGCUCCAGGCGGCGUCCCAUUUAUCACGGAGGCGCUGUACGGCCCCAAGUUGACGUUUCUCAACAAUGCCCUCAUGUUCGGACCCUCAGGGAACAAGAAUUGUUUAGCCCCAUGGGAAGGGCAGGUGACCGAGGUGUGUGACUCUAAGUGGCUGAAGUAUAAACAUGGUCCAGCAGCAGACUGCCAGGGCCAUGUGGAGGCAGCCAUGGAGCAGCAAGGUAUGGUAUUUAUCCGUGGCGAGGGAAAGUCGGCUUACAGCCCAGAGAUAAAGGUCAGGAGCAUCCAGAGAAACCUUCUUCUGCUCCAGCCUGAGCUGCUGCUGCUGGUGGACCAUGUCCAUCUGCAAUCAGACAGUCCCAUUCGCAGCUUUAGUGCAUUUUUCCACAACACAGACACUCCCUUUCAUCCUACAGCCAUGGACACCGUCCAGGGAGCCUUCAUUCAGCAUGGCCAGGACUCUUACAAGAUGUUUUGGCUGGACGAUACAGGAGGCAGUGAGAAAGCAGCAAUUGGUUAUUGGAGUUAUCCACGUGGUUAUCCAUAUAAUGGCUCUAACUAUGUAAACGUGACCAUGCCGCUGAGGUACCCCCACACUCGGGUGGCUUAUAUCUUCGUCGGGCCUGGAGUUGAGGUCCAGAGUUUUAGCUUGCGUGGGGAUUCAGAGAGAAUCGACAUUCAUCUGUCCACCAAAGAUCACGCUUAUACCAUCCAUUUACUUACAGGAGAGACACCCAGCAAGCCUCUGUUUGCUAUGGUGAUAGAGGACCAGAAGAGAAAGGUUGUGUUUGAAAGGGCAGCUUCAAUACAGGAGCGCCCCCUGGUGGAGGUGGAAGAAUAUGUGAACACGGUGGAGGACAACCUCCAGCACGUCAAGCCAGUGUUUCAGCAGCUGGAGCGGCACAUUCUUGCCAGAGUCUUGGACUCUGGAAACUUCCAGAAAACUGCAGAGCGUCUGCUAAGGUUCUCAGACAAGAAGAGAACUUCAGAGACAGUGAAGAGAAUAUUCGCUCUGUCCAAGAAGCAGAAAGGGAAGGGUGCUUUGAAAGCAGGCCUGGCAGAGAACCUGCCAGACAUAUUUACUCAGAUGGAGGCAACUGAAAGAAGGCAGAGGCAGAGUGGAAUGAAGAAAAUUUACGAGGACGUUCCUGAGGAGGCUGACGGAGACUCUAGAGCAUUUGUUGAAUACAGCGACAUGCGCAGGGUUCGAAAGGGAGGGUUUGUAAAAGGGCGCCGGUUUAAUGAGGUGCGUGCCUCAGCCACUGUGGGAGGGUCACACUCAUAUGGCUCUGCCUACAUCAGGGUCUUUCUCAUCUUCAACAUUCUAACCUUUUUCCUGCUACUGGCUGUGCUUCUGCUGCGGCUGCAGAAGGUCCAAACCCUCCACAACCAGCGCUGUGUGUACUACCUCCUGUUAGUGGACAGCUUCAUUCUGUUGUGCCUCUACUCCUCCUGCUCUCAGAGUCAGUGCUGACAACAUCACAGCUGCCAGAUCCUUCAUACAGCGCUGAAAUCAUCGAAAUGGAAUGAUAAACAGAUUAGCCAAGUCUUUCUGUUUCCUGUGGUAAGAAAGCUGCCAAACAAGCUAAAACUUAAGUCCCCCAGUAUCAAAGAUUGUAUAUAAUAUAAACCUGCGCUGUAGUGUUUGCCAGCUGUGGUCUCAGUCUGAGCUACCGUUACCGAAUAAGUGUUUAUAAAAGUUGAUUCCAGUAGGAAUUUACAGAAGUGUGAGAUUUGAGGCCUAAAGCUUCUGUGGAGCUUCAGAAUAAUAAAGUGAGUGGAUGAUGUCUUGUAGCAGGCAGCCGAAGGCUUGCCACUAAACUUCAAUGCAAUCUGUGCACAUUUAAUGAUGUCUUUCAAGCAAGAUAAUUGAUGAAAUGUACAUAUUAUAAAGCAAGAUUUAUAAAUUUAUAUAUUUUUGGGGUGUUAUUUUGUACUCUUUGUAAUGAAAUAAAGCAAAUACAGACAUAUUUCCUGCA